AACGACAACCAGCUGGAUCCAGACGAGUUGGACUUGGAGCCGGUGGACAACGCUGACCACCUUCCCAGCAGAGCGAGGACCUCCGUUCUGGGCGGUGUUGCAGGUGGAGGUUUACUCCAUCGCUCUCUUAACCGAGACUCACCUGAUCUGCUGCACGCGGUGCUGAGCAACAGCCAGGAGCUGGACAGCGGUGUAGGUCGAACGGACGAAAGCACUCGCUACGAGGAGUCCUCAGAACACGACCUCCUGGGUGACGAUCACACCAGCGCCUCCAACACCAACACAACCAACACCCCCGGCAGCAUGCGGAAGUUUCUCUCCGGAAGAGAGGAUACACCACCCUUGUUGCACUCCCAGGACCUCCAGUUCAGCACAGACUCCCUCUUAGGACUGGACUGUGGAGGAUUCGAGCACGUGGAGCGGACUUAUGCGGCCGAUCCCGUGAGGAUGAUGAUGCCCGGGCUCACCGAGGAGGAGUGCGAGCGUUACAAGGAGCUCCUGGAGAUCAAGUGUUACUACGAGAAGAACAGCAAUGCUCUGAUGCUUCUGGAGGGUCAGGGGCUCGAACAAGAAGAAGGCGAAGGAGGCGGUGGGGUCUCGCUGGAUGUGAACAGGAACGAGAGCCUGACGCAGCACGAGAUGGCCCUCCUGGAAGAGGAGCUGCGCCACCUGGAGUUCAAGUGUCGUAACAUCCUGAGGGCGCAGAAGAUGCAGCAGCUGAGGGAGCGCUGCAUGAAGGCGUGGCCGCAAGAGGAGAAGAACGGAGCGAGUGGACUCGGAGCCGGACGGUUGGACGGGAGUUUGGUCGACGAGGAGCCGUGCCACCACGCGCUGUCGGACAUUAACGAGCUCCCAGAGAGGGAACGCUCGGAUAAGGACAGCACGAGCGCCUACAACACCGGAGGGGAAAGCUGCAGGAGCACUCCUCUGGUCAACGAUCAACACCCGUCACCCUCCACUCAGAGUCUGGAGGGAGGAGAGCCUCUUGUCCCUGCGACAGGUGGGCCUCUUCCAGCCUCUGCAAGGCACAAAGAGAGGGGGACGAGGGGCGACAAGACUCAAGCAAACCUGAACCAAACGUACUCCCCGCACUCUCACAGGAAGCGAGCCGACGCUAAGACAUCCAGCCCAGGAGUUAAGGUCGGGUCUUUGUCCCGGGAUCGAGGAACCAGACGGGGCUCAGAUGGAGAAGUCAAACGUAAUCUCAAACCCACAGGUGAGAGGUCUGGAGGAUACAGCGCUGAAAACAGCCCCUACCUAUCCCGCCGUGACACCAAGCCCCAGCAGCACUACCUGAGCUGCAUGCAGUUGCGGUCGCCCUCCGCCUCCGAGCAACUCAUGGAUACCUGGGGCGACGACAGCCCGAUGAGUUUGGGAAGCACCUGUAAAGACGUCGCUCAGGUGCCCUGGUCCCCUCCCCCUCCCCCGCUGCCGCCUGCCUCGCCUCGCAUGGAGUGGAAGGUGAAGAUCCGCAGCGACGGGUCUCGUUACGUGGCCAAGCGUCCGGUGAGGGAUCGCCUCCUGAAGGCCCGCGCCAUGAAGAUCAGAGAGGAACGCAGCGGCAUGACGACUGACGACGACGCCGUGAGCGAGAUGAAGAUGGGGCGCUACUGGAGCAAAGAAGAACGUAAACAGCAGCUUCAGAAAGCCCGCGAGCAAAGGAGGCGUCGGGAGUUCAUGAUGCAGAGCCGAUUGGACUGUUUGAAGGAGCGUGAUAGAGAUCAAGGAGGUGGUGGAGGUCAGCAAGGGGAGACCCAGCAGCAAGAGCCCACCACCAUUUUGGAACUGUGCCACCGCAGAAGCAUGAAGAAGAGGAGUCGCAGGAUCAUGGACAACUGGAUCACUAUUCAGGAGCUGCUGGCCCACGGGAGCAGGUCUGCGGACGGGAAGAAGGUCUACAACCCCCUGCUGUCCGUCACCACCGUCUGAGAUACGACGGGAGGCUGAGAGUAACAAAGAGAUUGAGUCAAUUCAGUAUUCAUAUGCAGAAUCUGCAACGGGACAAGAUUUUGGUGUGGGACGUGUUCCAAGAAGUAAUGACCGGUGACGUUAGAGCAAGCUUUGGUCGAAUACAAGCUAACAGUUCAUGUAAGAAGGGAAAUAUGCUAAAUGUGUUGGACUAAAAAGGCAAUCUUGCAACCCAGCGCUUAUCGUCUGACAAAGAUUUAGCUUCAAAUUGGACUGUAGUUUGACUACUUGUACAGUAAUGGUCAUUGUCUGUUGAAUGCAACUUCCUUCUUACGUCUCAAGUUGCCAAUUGGACAGUAAGUAACGAAAAGCACCUGGAAAAGGACGUUUUUGCACGGAAACCAGUUGUUGACACUCUCUAGUUACCCCAAGAGGCUUUGUGUCUUCAGAGCAAUAUCUGAUGGGUUUCGAGAUUGCUGAGAAAUAUGUGUUUUGAUCGAGACUAUUGGAAGAACACGAGCUGCUUUUAGUCAAACUUGGCACGAAAAUGUAUUUUGCAGGCAAAGAGGUAAUAUAAAGAAGCACACAUUAGGCCCCAACCUAAACAUUUGGAGGGAGCUAAUGACGGGAACUGCCAGAGUCAAAGCACACAUUUACAAUCUUCUAGAUUCAAAACUGCAGAUGCUUUACAUAAAUGCAGAUUUACAAAAGCCACGCGAUCAUUUUUGAAUGCGCUGAAUCCAUUUCAACCAUAUGAAUGGACUCAGGAAAGGUUUUCCAGACGUUUUCACAAAGCUUUACCUCUCCUCUCACACGGAAGGACUGUGAUCGCUUUAUCUUUCACAGAAACUUGAACCAGCUUUUCCGAUUUGAAUGUCAAAGUCGAUGCACAAAACAAGAAGAGGAAAGACGAGCAUUUGAAACAACACAUUCAGAGGGUUUAGAAAUCAUCGCUCGAGUUCUGUCUUCCUAUAUAAAAGGAGAGAUGGCACCCCCUGCGGUUUAGCCAUUAGAGGAGCGUUGCACAAAAGUAGUUUAUGCAGGCCUCUACAUUUGUAUGAAGGAGAGAAUAGAGGAACAUCUAAAGUGGGGCUGAGAACAAUGUGAACACGAGCAAAGAGCCACUUCUGUGCCAUAAAACUGUAUAUUUAGAGUCCGUUUGCUGAAGGACAUUUUUCAAAAGGACAUUGUGUGCCGGUUGAUGUAGUUAAAUCGUCUUCAUUCUUGUAGUGUUCAUGUACAAAUGCUCUUUUAGGCGCUUUCACACCGGAGUACUUUUCCCGUUUAGUUCUGAUAGUUCCUGAGAUUUUACGUUCACACCAAAAAGAGAACUUAGUUCAUGAGAACUUUUACACUACAAUAACUUAUGGCAACACAAAAAAAA